AUGACAGAUCCAGACGACGAAAAACGCGGACCCCCUCCUGUCGGUAAUGGAGGAAGCGUUGACGGUAAAUAUACUUGGACACAGCUACUAGCUGAAGUGAAUUUGACAAUCGCUGUUCCCGAAAAUACAAGAGGACGCGAUUUGAACAUUUCGAUUGCAAAGAAGCAUCUGAAGGUUGGGCUGCGAGCACAACCCGGGCGCUGGAUUAUCGAUGCACCACUGGUGAAGCCCGUGAUAAUCGAUGAUUCGUUCUGGACAGUAGAGGAUGGAAAUCGCCUAGUUAUUAAUUUGCAGAAGUUGAAUCAAAUGGAAUGGUGGGAUGGUGUCUGUGAAGGGGAUCCGAAAAUUGAUGUCCGAGCGAUUCAACCAGAGUCUUCUUCUCUCGGUGAUCUCGAUGGAGACACUCGUAAGACAGUCGAAAAGAUGAUGUAUGACCAGCGACAAAAGGCCAUGGGCUUGCCGUCUAGCGAGGAAGAGCAGAAACUGUCCAUGCUGGACAAAUUUAAGCAGCAACACCCUGAGCUAGAUUUCAGCAACGCAAAGAUGAACUAG